UACUAACAACAUUAUUCAGGAUUAUGUCGUUUUUAAUCACACACUGUUACACUUCCAUGUCCUGAUUCCAGGUUCCAAAAGCGGUGUUUCGGACGCAUGAAAAGAAGGAGGAGGAGAGACAAAAGCUGUUGAAGUUGAUGGAUCAUUAUGCAAGUGGCAGAGUUCUACUGUUAUCAUUGGAGCAAAUGGAGUCUGCAGAGAGACGACCAUUCCAGAAUAUGAACAUUGACAAAAUUGAGAACGUUCUAAAACGGAAGGAGGAUGAAUCAUCUGCUGAUUACAUAGCGCGUGUGAAAGGAGCUGUGGAGGAACAUAUCAAGUUGGUGCACGCAGAUGCGCAGCCCGAUUUGGAACAGGGUGAGCAGCUGUCUGGUCUGAAAAGCAAGGGCGCAAAGAGGCAGGCACGCACAGGGCAGACGAAACAGCUUGAAGGAGAUGCAUCGGCAGCAGCACACAAUCUUCCUCUCAGUUCUCCGAACAACAAAGUGAUCGGUUCCACCUCUAACCCCCUAUCCUUCGAUGGGACGACAUUUUCACCCCUGGCAAAGGAUUCAUAUAAAGUAGCAGGACCAAUGGCAGGCAGGCAAGGUGCACAUGCUACACCAAUCACCCAGCAGCAGCCAGAUCAGUGCAGUAUGACCCCAGGAGACCCAUUUACUGCAUCAGGUCGCUGGCAGGAGCAGCAGGCUUCUGACACCUUAGGAGAAUGGAAUACCUUGCAAAACCAGGAGACGUCGAAAUCAAGGGACAGGAUACCUGCUUGGGUUCCAACAACAGAAGACGGUCCCAUCUGUGAUAAUGAACUCACCGGUCCUUGUCAGGACCAGUCGAAGGAGAACCAAGAACCAGCAACGACCGUCAAAGCCCGACCAAUCGUCAAGCCACUUGAGCUGGGAGCACUUCUCCGGCCAUCCUUCGAUGUGCACCAGACGGAGGGAAUGGGGCAUUCAUUGGCGAAUGCGAAGCAGAAAAAAGUGAGAAGAGAAGGCUCCGAUACAAGCCAAGUGUCUGAAGCCAAAGGCAGACAAGCGUCUGAAGCCAAAGGCAGACAAAUCACUGCAUCAUCCAAGCAAGGUCGUUAUGCAAAGAAGAAGAGCACGAUUCAGAGGCCUCAUUCCAGUCCCCCGGCUUCUGGCAAGCCCCCAAUGACUGUGCCAAAGAAACGCCAGUCCCAGGUGAAAGCUGAAAGAAAAGCCGCUGCUGGGGCACAAUCAUGGCAUCCGGAAACAACCCUGGCCCCAGAGUCCCUGGUCCCAGCGUCGGGAGAGACCUAUCUCGUCAAACACAUGAGCAAGAGCGAAAGAGCACGCAGUCGGAGCAUCACUCCUCGCUCUGCUCCUGUUAGGCUGACACUGGCACCAGUGAAGGUGGGUGGCAGCAACAGCAACAGCCACAGACAGGCUGGAAGUUUCGAUAUCGAGUCGGUAGAGCGUCCGCACCAAUCACCUCGACUAAAUGCGGUGAGCGAGCUAGCUCGCAGCAAGCGACUUACUGCAAGUACGGCCACUUUACCUGGGCAGGUGGAUGCCGUAACUUCUGCCGAACAAGCCAGUUUUUUGGAACUGACGAACCAGCCACUACUUGAUCGAGGAUGCACAGAACCGAUCCAUCCUCAAGGGGUACUUGAUGGACGAGUAGUACGUCCAUUACAACCAGAAAACCGUCUAUUCACAGGAGCAUCGCCCACAUCUUUGGAGGCGAAAAGCCGCCGUAGUUCCACGCAGCUGUUUUCUCAUGUUCGAGACGUAAGCCAAUCCGCCGCCACCCAAUUGGGAGAAUCACAAACCCAUCAGUCAGUCGCAAAGUCCUUGCCAGGGCUGAGGGGUGCAGCCGACGCCGUAUCGUCUGCAAAUGCACAUCCAUUGGAUGCUGUAACAUCAGCGAACGCAUCUCGUCCAUCGUGGCAAUCCCAGGGCGACUCGGAAAGAACAGGCAGCAAAGUAACAGGAGGCUCAUCGAAGAUCGAAAGCCCACGAACCGUGAUGCCGAGACUGCCGAGCGGCCGAUUCUCAGCGAUAAACGGUGGGUCCAUGCGAUCAUCAGCAUCUGGAAGUAGCGGUGCUGCAUCGUCCAGACGUACAGGCAGGGCGCAGAGGCAGGCAAAUAAACAGAACGGAGAGGGGAGUAUGCAAGCCUCCGAUCUGGAGAUCGAUGCCAGCGGGGCAGCAAACGAAUGGGAGGUCUCAAGAAGCACUGGUGAGCGUAGUGUCGCGACAGUCGAUAGCUGGUCCGGAACCUCGGAUCUAUACAGACCAUGGAGAUUGUGUGGGAGGGAAGCAACUGGAAGGACGGCCAUUGGGGAGGAGGCUAACAGAUCUGGUCCUGGGGGUGAAAUGAGGCCCAGAUCUCACGUACCAGACGACAGGAGUACUGUUGAGGCCAUUGGAUCUAGUAUGGAUCAGCUGUUGGAUCCAAACGACAAGCAGAACAGAGUUCAUAAAGCCAAUGUCGACACGACUGACAUGGAUGGUAACUCCUACGAUCACGACCGCAAUUUUCAGAACAAAAUCGAAAUGUCGAACACUUGCAUAACAAAGGGCAGCGGUAAGGCCAAGAGGAGAAAGAAGGAUCAGAACAAUAAGCACACUCCUCCUCAGAGUGGGAAGAAGCCCAAUGGCAAUGCAUCACAGCAGUCUGCCGCUGGAAGGGGUGACAAAGUCGGCAGCAGCGCAAGGAUUCUCCAGCCAAAGAAAGGCCUCGGAGACCGCGAACGCAUGGAAAAGCGGGGUGUUUUCUUGUCAAUGGGUUCUGAGGGAAAUGAGUACGGAGAUCAGGAUCAGAACAAAAAGCUAUUUGCGAAUUGGAAGAAUGAUAAUAAUACAAAGGAUUGGUCUUUUGAAACUGACCAGGGCGAGCGUAGAGCGAUCAGCAUGAAACGGUUGAGAAAGAUCAGCGAUCGUUUGCUGUCACCGAUCGGGCGAUCUGCUGCCGCUGCAGCUCUUGCUGCCGAUGACAGUGCUGAUGCCAUGCCCUCCCAAGCGCAGGCGGGCAGAGCAACCGGGAGAGAAAACUCCCGCAGCAAAACGGCUUUUGUUGGCGGAAGAAGCGAGUCAAUAAGAACCAUGGUCAAAAAAAGGAAGGGCGACGGGAAACGGAAACAAGGCGAGGUGAAAUCUCCUGGAGAGGAGGGGAAAUCUGGUGAGCAGAUGAGGGGAGAGGCAGCAAAAACGUUGUCGGGCGGAAAAGGGCGAGGCGAGGCGGGGACACAACGCCCUCCUCACCAAACAGGUCGCGGUUCCUUAAAGCCUGCAACAGCAUCCAACGUCCCUGCCCCCAAGCCACAUAAGGCUCAUGGCAGAGAGUCUAGGAAAUUCGAGGAAUGGCCCCAAGGUAGUGGUUUCAGUGACAGAAAAGGUUUUGGGGGGGAGGCUAACAGCAAAGGUUUUGAAAAAGAUGGCGGUAAUGUCGACGCCACUUCAGCUCAGCACCGCCCGCCACGGAGGCGAUUGUUUCCAGAGGUCGACCCUUUGACUUGCAAUCAAGAGGAGUGGGAGAGAGUCCUUCAAGCUUUGGCCGAUCAGGCACGGCAGUCGGUCUUCAAGGCACUAAAAAGGGGAGGAUUUCUGGACUUCUUCAAUCGUUUUCGGGCAACGUCCACGCCGCUAUCAUCAGGAAGCCAAGACGAUCGUUCCACUGGAGCGAGCAAGGCUUCGCUGAGAGAAGGAACGAGCGCUAAUGGCGGUGCAGGAGUUAGGCACCGGCACAGAAGGCAGGCGGGCGACACAGACACAAGAUCGCACGCAUCAAGGACUGUAAACAAAAAGGGGAAAUUGAACAAGCAGAUAACAAAGCAACCGUCAGAAGUCGUCGGUUCAAAUCCAGCUUUGGCGGUGGGCUCGGGCAAUGCACCGCAACAGGAGGAAACAAGCGCAGGACCUGCCCAGAGCAACGUUGCCGAACUUGCUUCGUGUGCAGAGCAAGAUGAGAGGGAAGGACGGGGAGGUCAGGCUGGCCACAGCGAUGAUUUCAACUAUGCGGCUGCUUCUGAGCCUGCUGUGGAGCAGCAGGAUCUUGCAAAGCCUUCUCCUCAAUGGAAAGAUACACCCGUUAGCGUUCGCAGCACCUUCAAGAGUAGUAUGCGCAUGGACAGAGUGACGGAAAGGAAGAAGAUGUUGUUUGAAAGAGUGCUAAAGACACAUGCAGAUAUCGUGAUGAAUACAAUCUUUGACCCAUCUGAGAUUCCAUGUCUUCCUGCAACCACCUUCCCUGAAUGUGCUUCGUUUUGAAAAUAGGGAAAUGCUAUGGAGGCAGUUCAUUUGCUCUGAAAAAAAGACGUCUUGUUUGCUUAACUUGUUU